AUGUCGAAGCUGUCCAAAUCGGCGACGUUUCACGACUUUUCUGAAUCGCCCACAUCACGCGAACAUGCGAUGCGCGACACGGUGGCCGAUCACGGCGGCGACGACGACGAGGAAGACGACUCGGCCGCCGAUGACCUGGAUGCGGUGGCGCAACGUGCCGCCGCCGUUCGACGUAACCACCACGUCACGAAGUCUGCGUCCGCCACGUCGUCGUUUGCCAACUGGCUGAGUCUGUUCGUCUCGAAAAAACGAACUCAUCGGUCGUUUAUUCGACCGUCUAUGUCACUGUCUGUCGUACAAGAAUCGUCAGCUCUUGGAUCAGACGGUGAAAGUGUGGAAGUAUCUCCGUGCACCUCGGAUCAAACUCCUACUGGUGUACCACCGCGAUAUAUAGUGAAUGUGAAAAUGCGCCAAAAGCCAUCUAGAAAAUGGAGUGAGGAAGAAAUCCAAAAACGAUUGUCGUUGCCGGCUGAUUUGCGCCUACCCGUGAGCGUUGUGGAAAAACUGAAUCGAACACCGACACUCGACCAGCCUUUGACACGAAAAAAUCGACGAGCAUCGCUGAGCGAAAUAGGAUUUGGAAAGUUAGAAACCUACGAGAAAUUGGAAAAACUCGGCGAAGGCACAUAUGCAACGGUGUAUCGAGGUCGUUCGCUGUUGACCAACAAGUUUGUGGCGCUUAAAGAAAUUCGACUCGAGCAAGAAGAAGGCGCACCAUGCACAGCGAUUCGAGAGGUUUCUCUUCUGCGGAAUCUGCGACAUGCGAAUGUGGUUACGUUACAUGAUAUUAUUCAUACGGAUCGUCUGCUUACUCUAGUUUUCGAAUACGUUGAUCGAGAUCUCAAGCAAUACAUGGACGUCUGCAAUAAUGUUUUGAGUAUGAACAAUAUCAAGUUAUUCCUGUUCCAACUAUUGCGUGGACUAGCAUACUGUCAUCAAAGACGCGUUUUGCAUCGAGACCUGAAACCGCAAAAUUUGCUGAUCACAGCGAAAGGCGAACUAAAACUGGCAGAUUUCGGCUUGGCUCGCGCGAAAUCCGUUCCAACGAAGACCUACUCGAAUGAGGUGGUGACGCUGUGGUACAGGCCACCGGAUGUGUUGCUGGGCUCUACAGACUACUCAACUCAUAUUGAUAUGUGGGGAGUUGGCUGCAUUCUCUACGAGAUGGUUGCGGGACGAGCGCUUUUUCCUGGAUCGACAACAGAUGAACAGCUUGGCUUGAUCUUUCGAACCCUAGGAUCUCCACGAAGCGAUCGCCAUGCGACAAUCUGUGCACGACCCGCAUACGCGCCUUUUGCUCAGAAGACCUACCAUCCGGAACCAUUGGUCAGACAGAUACCAAGAUUAGACUCGAAUGGAUACGAGUUGCUGUUGAAAUUUUUACAGUACGAGGGAAGAGAUCGGAUAUCUGCACAAGAUGCGAUGCGUCAUAAUUUUCUGAAAACGCUGCCGCCUAAGGUGAUGUCGUUGCGGGAUGACGAAUCGGUUAUGGACGUGGAGGGUGUGUCAUUGGAUCGUGAAACAAUUCCCUACAAAGACCACAAUCACCUUCACAGGCCAACAAAAGCUUCACGAAGACAAAGCUUGUUGAUAUGA